AUGUCUCAACAAUCCAACUCUUCUCCUUCCAAGAACAUGCCUUGUUCUCCUAGCACUGAACCAAGAAACCCUAACAGAGAAGAUCCUGUUGUUGACUCUGUGAAUACCCCACAUGCAAGAAGACCUAAAGAAACUGUAUCAGGCUUCUCCUCAUCCAUCGUUCUUGAGGAACGAACCAAAGAAGGUUCCAGUGUUGCUGAUCAAGAAAAUACUGAGUCUUUAGGAAAGAAUAUCUCUGAUGAUGUUGAGCAAACUGAUGCCCAAAAGGAGUCAAAUGUUGACAAACCCUUAGAUAAUGUGGCUGGUGAGGAAGUUCAUGUCACUCAUGAUGUCAGUGACAACCCUAAAUGUGAGGCUGAAACAGUAGACCUGGAGGAAUUUUCUGAUAAUGAGUUGUUAUCCUCUGUCCUCCCUAGCAUAGCCAAAACGGUUAGGACUAGGAGAGAAAAGAAAAUUGUGGCUCAAAGGUCCCCUAGAAAGAAGAUUGAUGUUCCAACCUCUUCCAAGACAACGGUGGCAGUCGAGGGUUCCCUCAAGAGGAAAGUUCGUGGUCCAACCAAAUCUUGGAGCAAAGUGGUGCCCAAGAAAAAGAAGACCAAGUUUGUUGUUGCUGAGUCUGACUCAGAUGUUCCUUGUAAUGUCUCUGACAUUCUGUCAAAGAAGAAGCCAACCACUAGCAAGCUUGCAGCUAGUGUCCCUGAGGUUCCAAUUGACAACAUAUCUUUUCAUUUUGCUUCAAGUGUAAACAGGUGGAAAUAUGUUUAUCAGAAGAGGCUGGCUUUGGAAAGGGAAUUAGCUUAG